GCCUAGCGAAAUUUGUGAUUCGAUUCGAUAUUUGGUGCGAUUCUUUUCUUUUCUUUCAAUUGUGCUUUGUUUGUAUGCCGUACGUUUGUGUUGGACAGCUUGCGCUCGAGGCGCCUCACUAAGGCAACUCUCUCGCUUGUCUACUCUACCUACCCACCCCCCUCUCUAACUCACUCUCUCGACGAGCAGCAGGAGUAGGAGCAGGAGCCGCAGCUUCAGUUUUUUACACCCCACACACCACACCAUGCCCCUGAAUGAUGCACUGGCGACCACUGGAGCGGCGGGCAUAAUCUAUGCAGAGAACGGCACCAAGCACAAAACCAUGACCAACUCAUCCAAAGCAGAUCUAAUGACGGGAGGAGGAGGCGGUGGUGUCAGUGGUGGCGGCGCACUCUUUGGUGGCGCUGGUGUAUCCCUGGCCAGCCUGCAGGGCCAGAAAUGGACGCAGGUGUUUGACAUGGAAAAAAUGAUCAAGCAGCUGCGCACAGCGGAGAAGGCGUAUCUUAGGGGAGGCGGCGGCAAGGCCACGGGCACAGGCACGGGCAGUGACCAGACCAAGCUCCAUGUCCAGCGUCUGAAUGCGGCGGACAUGGCCUACUAUGACAUCGUGCCAAAGCUGGCCACCCGCGAUCUGGUCGUGUGCAACACCUGCAAUGGAAGCUACACCAAAGCGGGUUUCCAGAACCACAUAGCACUGCAGCAUCCGGCCAUUUGGGAGGCCACAUCGAACAAAUUGAAUCCGCUAACAACUGCCACAGGAGACAACAGCACAGCCAACAGCCAGGAUACAGCAGCAGCAGCCGCAGCGGGUGGCGACAAUCUGGCUGGGGGCUCGCCCACGGAGACACUGUCCGCCUCCACACUGUCCAGCUGCUCGAAUGGCUCGAGCAGUUCAGCAUCCCAGCACACAGCAGCCAAUGCGACGAGCAGCUCCUCGUCCUCGUCAUCGUCGCGUCACAAAAGCAGCAGCAGCAGCAGCAAGAGUAGCAGUUCCUCCUCCAAAGGCAGCAGCGGGACCAGCAGCAGUCGUUCACGUUCGAAAUCAUCGAAGAAUCGUCACCAUUCAUCGCCAGCCCCUGCGCCAGAGUUGAAGGAGAAGACGAGCAGCUCCUCCUCCAAAAAAAGUAGUAGCAGCAGCAGCAGUGCCAUAGCCGCGCCACCAGCAGCAGCAGCAGCGGCAACUUCAGGGGUGUCUGGCAGCAUCAAAGAAGAGUUUGCACCGGCGCCCAUAACCGUGUUCUCCUCAUCCUCGAAUUCAUCCUGCUCCCUGCCACCCAGCGAGCUGGUUGCGGGCGUUGGCCUAAGCGUGAAUUACUCUCCUGCCAAUCAUCAACAGCCUGGUGUUGCGGCGGACGCGGAUAAGCAGCCCGAACUUCAGCCAAAGAAGAAGCUGAAGGUAUCCAGCGAUCAUCGAACAAAAGCGUCCAAGGAUAAGCCACUGGCCAGUCAGUACGAACAACAACAGCAGCAGCAGCAGCAGGUGGGUUUGAUGAGUGAACUCGAUCAGGCAGUGUCCUCGAUUACCGGCCAAGUGGCGUCACAGGAGGCGUCGCAGCAGCAGCCAACCGAAGAGGAAGAACUGCCGCUGGCGAGCACAACCGAUGAGAAUUCCAUUUCCUUGACACUGGAUGAAAUGCUGGACAGCAAAUUGAUAAAUGAGAUUCUGAAAAACUUUGAUGAAAGUGCGUUGGACACGUCCCAACAGCAGCAGCAGCAGCAACAACAGACAAAUGGUACGCCACAGCAUGCGGCACAAGCCACAAAAAGACUGCGCUACGAUGAUGUUGCUGCUGAAAUGGGUGAGGAAUACAUGUACCAGCAGCAGCAGCAGCAACAGUCGAACCAGCAGCAAGUAUAUGGCGAGGAUAACCAGAGUCAAUUGACCACCAUCGAUGCCAUGCAGCUGCAGCAGCUCAUCUAUCAGCAGCAGCUUCAGCUGGAGCAGGCCGAACGCCAAAAGCAGGAACUCCCAGAGGAGCUGCAAGCAAGCGCCAACGGGCAGCAGCAGCAGCAACAGCAACAGUUCAGUGUGUACAAUGUGCAGUCGCUGACGGAUGAUGCGGAGGUUCAACAGCAGCAGCAACAGCAGCAGGAUGUGCAGGUGCAACAGCAGCAGCAACAGCUCGAUGAGCAUAUGAUACUGCCAAGUAUUAUAUAUGAGAUUACAGACACGAAUCAAGUGUCGGUGCUGGAGCAGCAAAAGGUCAUAGCAGAGUUCCUCACACAAGCGGGCUAUGAGAAUGUUGAUGUGAAUGUGCUGCAAGCGGCCACAGGAGGAGCAGCAGCACAGGCAGCAGCAGGCACCACAGAUGUCAGUCAAUUGAAUGAUGAUUUUAAUGAUUUUGAUUUCACAAAACUGGAGACUGUUAGCGACACAACAACAUCAAACACAACAACCACAACAAAGACUGUUAAGCUGGAAGCCACCAACAGCCAGCCACAAAGCUUCAUCAAGCAACAAACUUUGAUUCAUGCCAAAUGCCACGAGGAGAGCUACUUCAAUGUUAUGCAUUAUUCAGGCCAACCCCGACCCCUGGCCAUGAACACUUUCGGUCUGGUGAAGCUGCCCAACGGGCUGGGCGCCACUUUGCGCAAGAAUCUGCUGACCACACGCAAGGCCAACAACAGUUUGUUGUCUCUCAAUGGCAGCACUUUGGGCGUUGUUGGCCAACUGGCACGCCCACCACCGCCCGCGCCACAUGCGAAUAACUAUACGGCGCUCAACAAUGGCUCGGCCACGGGUUUGUUGGUGAAAAAUGCCGCAGCUGCCGCUGGCAAGACCAUUUAUGCACAGAAAUCGAGUGUCAUAGCGCAGGAUCGACUGAGGUGCAACAAGCGGACGUUGGUGCCGUCGCGACUGGAGGCGGGCAAGGGUUUGAUGACAGCCAAGCGCCUGAAUGAACUGCUGUUGGGCAAGGCUGUGAAAAAGGAAAAGCAAAUGGACAACGAAGAGCCAGAGCAGCAGCAGCUGAAGGAGGAGUUGGAGCAGCAGCAGCAGCAGCAGCCGGACCACAAGCUUACACAUAGUUUCUAUGAGAAGCGACGAAAGCUACUGGCCAAAAGUCAGCAGCAACAGCAGUCUCCCAAACGUCAGCCACAGCAGCAGCAGCAACAGCAGCAGCCACAAUACCUCCAGCCACAGCAGCAGCAAGAGCAAGUGCUGAGGCAACGUUCACCCAACUUUUCUCUUCCAUUACAAAACAAUUCAAAUGUUGGACAGAAUUCGCAGCCGCUGCUUAAGAAGCAAUUGCUGCGUACGCUGUCCGACAGCAGCAGCAACAUACUGGCCAUUGCCAACAACAGCGGCAACAACAACACUCCUAAUGCCAACAGCAAUCCUUGGAAGAGCCAGAACUCAACUCCCGGUGGCGGCAACACGCCCAGCAGCAGCGAUCUGAUGCGUGUUUUUGUCUGAGAAAUACAUAUACAUACAUAAAUACACACAUAUAUAUAUAUAUGUGAGCAGCAGCGCCACGGCCACACUCUUCUGAAAUCCCCCCUUAGUCUAAAUUAUUUUUACACCAUUUUUUAAAUCAAUUCAAUUUUCAUUUUUUAAAAGUGAUAAUUAGUUACCAUUUAGUUUAUAUGAUAUGAUUGUAUGUAGUGCUCUGUUUAGAAUUAUGAUUUAAGAUUUAUUUAAACAUAUUUCUCGUGGCUAAGCAAAAUUAAGUGCUAAGUAAAUUAUGUAUAACGCCUGUAACUUUAUAAAAAUACAAGAGCAUGCCCUAUGUUUCA